AAUAUUACUUUAUAUAUAAGGGAGUGGUUUCAUGGCACUCAUCAUUCAGUGUUCAACUUGUUCUACAGUGAAGACGCAAUCUUGUACUGCGUGCUGUUUAUAUAUUUUUAUUUCCUCGUUAGUUACUUAUUAUAAAGAUUGUGAAAAUGUUUUACCAGUUGAGUGUUUUACUUCUGGUCGGCACCUAUUCGUCCGUGACAUCUGCGCUGCCGCCAUGCGUAUGCACGAGGGAGCUGAAGCCGGUUUGCGGUUCCGACGGAAACACAUACAGCAACGAAUGUUUGCUAAACUGCAAGCGCCUCGAAGACGAAGACCUCAAGGUCGAGAGGCGCGGACAAUGCGAGACCGAGCCCGCUUGUUUCUGCACAUACGAAUACAAACCGAUUUGCGGGACGAAUGGUGUCACCUACCCCAACAAGUGUUCCCUGGAUUGCGAGAGGACCGACGUCGAAAUCGCUUACACAGGCGAAUGUAAGCGCGAAGAGGUCGCCCAACCGUUGCCAUGUACGUGUACAAGGGAGAGAAAGCCUGUUUGCGGAACAGACGGAAACACGUACAGCAACCCGUGCAUGUUAAACUGCGCCCGGGAGCUGAGCGAGGACUUGCACAUCGACCACGUCGGCCGCUGCUCCGACGAGAUUAAAAUCGUCGAACACGCGGAGAAUGUAUCGUGCGCGUGCACGAGGAACUUGACCCCGGUUUGCGCGUCCAACGGCGUCACGUUCAACAACGUGUGCCUCAUGCAGUGCGCAGGAACACACUUGACUGUGGUCAAGGAUGGACCCUGUGAGUCUGCGUAGAUAUUCAACCUUUACACUUUCUAGAUUAAGACCUCGGUAUGCGCCUAACAAAUGUGCAAAAAGCGCUUUAUUG